CGCUUCGCUUCGCUGUGUUCCCAACUCCUCCUCCUCCCCCUCUUCAGAUCUCGAUGCGGCGCCACGGCGACGGGGGGGCGUCGGCGGCGGCGUCGGAGGCCGACCUCGCGCAGCUGUCCACCGCCAUCGCGGCGGGGGAGGACCUGGGGCCCUUCGUGCGGCGGGCGUUCGCGUGCGGGCGGCCCGAGCCGCUGCUCGCGUCGCUCCGCGCCGCGGCGAGGGACCGGGAGGCCGAGAUCGAGGAGCUCUGCCGCGCCCACUUCCACGACUUCAUCCGCGCCGUCGACGACCUGCGCUCCCUCCUCGCCGACGCCGACGCGCUCAAGGGGUCGCUCUCGUCCUCCCACGCCGCGCUCCUCUCCUCCGCCGCGCCGCUGCUCGCCUCGCUCGAGUCCUUCCUCGCCGCGCGGGCGCUCGCGGGAAACCUCUCCUCCGCGCUCGCCUCCUCCCGCCGCUGCGUCCGCCUGCUCGCCCUCGCCAACCGCGCCAACGCGCACCUGCAGGCCGGCAACCACAACCUCUACCUCGCGCUGCGCGCCGUCGAUGCCAUUGACCGCGACCUCGCCUCCGGCCCCGAGCCGCUGCCCCUUCCCACCCUCCGCCGCAUGCUGCUUAGCCUCGUCCCAGCGGUCCGUGCCCACGCCGAGCGCGAGAUCUCCAGGGAGUUCUCCGACUGGAUGGUCAGCAUCCGCGCCGCGUCGCGGCACCUUGGCCAGGUGGCCAUUGGCCGCUCCGCUGCCGCCAGGCAGCGCCAGGAGGAGCUCCGAUCCAAGCACCGCCCGCUCGAGGAGUGCAUAACCCUGGACGACGACGGUGUCGGCGACAUUGAUGACUUCGCAGCAGCCGCGGCAACCGCGGACGUUGCAGAUGGUGCCGCUGCAGCGUCGUUCGACCUCACGCCACUCUACCGCGCGAUGCAUGUACACCAUACCCUGGCGCUUGGGGAGCGCUUCAAGAAGUAUUAUUUGGAGAACAGGAAGCUGCAGCUAACAUCGGACUUUGAUGUGAUUGCGGCAACGCCAUUCCUUGAGUCCCACCAGGUGUUCUUCUCGCAGAUUGCUGGGUUCUUUAUUGUCGAGGACCGUGUGUUUAGUACAGGGGGUGGGCUCACGUCCCGGGCUGAUGUAGAUGCACUAUGGGAUUCCGCCGUCGCAAAGAUGGUGUCUGUGAUGGAGGACAACUUCUCUCGGAUGCAGACAGCAAAUCACCUGCUUCUGAUAACUGAUUAUGCUGCUUUAGUUUCUGCCACGAUGAGGCGGUAUGGUUAUCCAGUAGGGAUGCUGCUCGAUGUCCUGGCUAGGCAUCGGGACAAGUAUCAUGACUUGCUACUUGCUGAUUGCCGUAGGCAGGUGGUAGAGGCACUGGCUGCAGAUAAGUUUGAUCAGAUGCUGAUGAGAAAAGAGUAUGAGUACUCAAUGAAUGUGCUUGCAUUUGGGAUUCAGAGCUCAGAUAUCACCCCAGCAUUCCCAUAUGUUGCUCCGUUUUCAUGCACCGUGCCAGAUAUUUGCCGCAUUGUUCGGUCAUUCAUCGAGGAUUCUGUAAGCUUCAUGGCACAUGGGGGUGGUGGGGACACUUAUGCAGCAGUUAAAAAGUACCUUGGUCGGAUUCUUUCAGAGGUGGUUGAUGCGUCGAUACAAAAGCUUGUGGAUUCUGGUGGUGGUCUGAGUGUUUCCCAGGCAAUGCAGGUUGCUGCAAACAUGUCUGUUAUGGAGCGUGCAUGUGAGUUUUUCACAGGUCAUGCAGCACAACUGUGUGGUGUACCACUUCGUGCAGUGGAGCGUGGGCGGCGUGACUUCCCACUUCGCAAGUCCCGUGAUGCUGCGGAGGCACUUUUACUACGACUUCUAUGUUCUAAGGUUGAUGAGUUCAUGGGACAAUCUGAUGGUGUCAAUUGGAUGACUGAUGAUCCACCACCUGGUGGAAAUGAGUAUGCAAAUGAGGUCAUUAUCUAUCUGGAGACACUCACUUCAACUGCACAGCAGAUCCUCCCCCUUCCGGUGCUCCGGCGAGUCCUUGUCGCAGUGCUUGCCCACAUAUCUGAGAGGAUUGUUGGGCUCUUCUUGAAUGACUCAGUCAAGCGGUUCAAUGCUAACGCAGUCACUGGAAUUGAUACUGAUCUCAAAAUGUUCGAGGCGUUUGGGGAGAGCAUGUCCAGCUUAUUUGUGGACUCUGGUCAAGAUUCUGCAGCAAAUGAAAUGAAGGCUGCACUCGUGGAGGCGAGACAGCUAGUAAAUCUUCUUAUGAGCAACAGCCCAGAGAAUUUCCUUAACCCAGUGAUCCGUGAGAAGAGCUAUAAUAAGCUUGAUUACAAAAAGGUGGCUGCCAUAUCAGAGAAAUUCCGGGAUUCCUCUGAGAGCUAUUUCUCAACAUUUGGAACUAGGGGUGCUAGGCAAAACCCAAAGAAGAAAUCUCUUGAUACUCUCAUAAAAAGGCUCAGAGAAGCCAGCUAGAGUUGCUAGUCUCUCCUCUGCAGUAAGAUAAUAUAUGCACCUUGCCUUUCAUCUUCUCAUGUUUUCAUGUAAUUUAGCCAGCAUUUGGUGUGCAUUAUGCAUAUUAAAAUCACCAUUUUUCAAUAUACUGUAAUUUUGCUAAUGUUAGUGCCUGCUUCAUGUGUGGAUAUUGCAAUGUUAAUUCUUUUACUCAUUCACUGUAUGAUCAAGAUAUAGUACACUAUUCUUU